CUCGGGCAUUGCUGAUUGUGUUGGUGGUUGUCUCUGCAUCAACUUUCUUUUCUGUGCCAUUAGGAGAAUUUGGACCACCCAAUUUCACCCAAGCUCAAUCUGCAUUCUUUCAGCUUGUGAUUAAUUUCAGCUCUUGUCUUGUCUUAUCUUUGCUGGGAUUGCCUUCUUAGCAAAAAGUCGGGUUGAGCAACAAAACAAAAACCCGUCUCAUUUUGUUGCAUCAAGCUCAAUUAUAAUCCGCUCCUCGUUUCGUGAGUGAGUAAAUCUCAUCUUGACUUGUGCAAUCCCAAAAGUCUCACUUUGCCUUCCGGCAAUCAGUCUUUUCUUUCGUCAUUUUUACACUAGACACACAACCAGCCCCACCGAAAUGGAGGAGAAACUUCGCCGAGAAUCCAAGCAAUAUUUGGAUAAACUAUUCAAACAAUAUGAAGAGAAGAACACAGCCGCACUUACUCGUGAAGGAGUAAUUAAAGUAAUGCAGAAAAUGUUUCCUGGAUUCGACCAGUUUGAAGAGUUGGAUGACAUUAUGGAGAAGCAUUUGAAAACGGCAACGUACACAGUUCUUAACAAAGAAACCGCACAAUUUGAUGUGCAACAUAUUGACAACACGAUUGACUUUCCCUCUUGUCAAUUCAUCGUCGUCUAUUUUUUGAAGAAAAGUGCCAGACGUGACACCGAUCCCUUCGCAUACAAGGGUCUUAUUCGAUUCACGGAUUUCUCCGGAAAUAUGAGUCAAAGUUUGAUUGAUCCGAAUGCAGAAAUGAAAAGGAGAAUGUAUUAACGCAAAUUUUAUAACAAUUCGUGUUUUUUUAUUUAUUUUGUUAGUUUAAUUUCAAUCGUGGAAGUAAGAAGAUAUCCCUUUUAUAUCAUAAAGAAAGGUUGUAUGACUUGGUUGUCUGAUGUAUAAUGUACAUAUUCAUCCGUAUGUAGCUUGUUAGUUCAUUUUCCUGGGUCUGGGUACAAGAAGUAACUUUUAAAGAUUUUAUUUUUCACGGUGAAAGGACUAACUACUAAUCGCUUUUACUCACCAAACUCUUCUUAAUAAAAUUUCUUAUGUAUGGAUUUUACAAUUA